ACCUGCUCUUCAUAUCGUCGUGGACCGUUCGCAGUUACGUUUCCGCGGUACCGAAAUUAUAACACGCCGGCUUCGUUGUUCCGCCGCGUCGUAAAAGCAUCAAAGAAACGAGUCAAAAUAUCCAAAUUUUUGGGUAGAAGAAUAUUUAAAAAUUCCCAAUGACAGACACGACAGCGUUGAAGCGAGUGAAACUGGGCCUGAUUCUCUUGACGGUGAGCAACACGAACUUCCCAAUCGCUUUUGGCAAAGAGCACAACCCCUGCGAUUUGCAGCAUUCGUUACAGGGAAGAUCUGCGGAAAUAAUUGCCGACUGUUCUCUCGCUGAUGUCGGUCAUCAUCUCCUGUGCUCGGGCGGCCUUCACGGCCAAUGGAUAUCCGGCUCCGAGUCGAUAAGAGUUCUGACGUUGUGCGACUGGCACGAAACGUCCUUCGAUCCGGUUGAAACGUUGAGGAAGUUCCCAUCUCUCAAGAAAUUAACUCUGACUGGGAGCAACGUGAUGAAUUUGUCGAAUUCGUUUCCUGCGGAAGUUCCAUUUCUCGAGAAAAUCGUGAUAACGGGCACGAGGAUUCGAGAGCUUCCUGCGAGCGCCUUCAGGGAUUCGACGCACCUGCGAAGCCUCGAUCUGAGAAAAAACCAAUUGAAUUUUAUCGAUCCGUCAGAUUUCAAUGCCACGCGGCUGCAACACGUUUAUUUGUCCGGUAAUCCAUGGAAAUGCGACGCGAACAUGUCGUGGAUUCUCGAUACAAAGCAUUCUGCAUUCGGGAGAAAAGUCAGCGACAGAGAGAAAAUGCACUGCGGCGCACCUUACGAGGAUCGACCGCUGGUGCCCGUCGUCGAAAUAAUCAUAACACUGAAGGAAGAGUGUAAAAAGACGGUUUGCGACUGUGAAUUAGUUUACGUAGUAGGUCGAGUGAGCAGGCAGCCUCGAAGACAGCUCAUGGCUUUCGUCACUGUGAAUUGCAGCUACCGAGGUCUCACUCAAAUGCCGGAUUUUUUGCCUGCCAAUGCGACCACUCUUCACCUCAAAGGCAACCAGAUAUCGGAUUUGACACCUCUGACCACGAAUCCUGUCUAUAAGCAAGUCAUCGAUCUCUACAUGGACGGAAAUCUUAUUGAAUCGAUAACUCACUUGGAUGGAUCUUAUUGGCUCGAGCAUUUUCGAGUUCUCAGUCUCCGAGGUAACCGAUUAACAGAUUUACCAACAUACGCUCUCGAAAACGUGCUUUUGCAAAGCGGUAGCGCGAUCAGAAUAUACCUCGGAGAUAAUCCCUGGCGGUGCGACUGUCUUUUUACACCAGGAUUCCAGGAUUUGUUGAUCAGAUACACCAAUCUCGUAAAAGACGUCAACGAUGUCCGAUGCCAUUCAGCAGUGAAUAAAGAAAAUUUAAAUAAACAGAUUCGAGAUCUAACGAGAACGGAAAUCUGCAUCGAUCCGUCAUCGCUCUCGUGGUUACACCCUUUGGACGUUCUCAACGUAAUCCUGGCAUCUUUGAUCGUACUGAUAGUCGGAAAGUUACUUUACGACUAUUGGUACUUCAAGAGAACGGGCAAGCUACCCUGGAUCGUCGCCAAGAUACCCUGAACAGGGGGGAUGACUUCAUGAAGAUGCGUACAUGUAUUUUUAUGUGAUCCGAGUUCAUUGGGGUUAAGUAAAGUAGAAAUCUCGCGCAGAAGAGGAGGCCACUGACCCGAGCGCCGGCGAUGGCCCUUUUGAGCGAUCUUUCAAAUUUGACGAGUUCGUUUAUUCCUUUUUUAUGUGUAUUUUAUUUGAUUUUUCGUAAUUUCGUUCCUCGACGAGUCCCAAGGGAAAGAAUCUCCGGGAACUUUACUCCAGUUGUAAUUGCAUGUACACCUUUUCGGCUGCUUCUAUUUUCGCGUUCUCGUUCCGGAUUGCCGAGCCUGGAGGGUGCCCAAAAUUUAUGACGCUUGAGAUAAAAAGAUCGUUUGCUGCGAGAAUUCAAUUUA